ACUACGCCCUCACAUCACCCCUCGUCCUUGUCAUCUACCUCCACCCACCUCAGGCAGAGGCAAGGCAAACACAGGUCUCUGUUCUUCGCCGCCCAAGGAGAAUCCACCAGACGGACCAAGGCGAACGAAGAACCCCCUCGCCGUAGAGCUGGUCGACGGCGGUGAGGCUUGUCCUUCUCCGUCAGUCUGGCAGGGUAACAUCCCAAGUAGGGCAAGAGAUCUUGCUUUCAUUAUCUAGGUUUUUCAUUCAAGGGUGGAUUAGUCGUAGAGGGCGAAGAUGUCUGACUUAUUUAGCGGGAUCCAAGCAGCUAUGGUUAUCAAUCGAGUAGAGAAUAGUGAGCAGUCACCUGAAGAUUGGAACAGCGACUGUGAUGGAUCCGGUGGUUCAACAGUCGGUCAUGUGCUUGCCCCCACUGCUAAGCACGAUUACAUAUCCAUAGACUUCUGGGCUGCACUGAGUGAUAUCAGCAAGAUAAAGGAUUGGAAUUGGGGAGGAUAUGUACUCAAGAAUCUGUUCCAAGCUGUUAAGAAGUUCAAUGCAGAUGUGUCCAAGAGAAACCCAACCGUCCACAUAGUUGGUUGUCAUCUGUUCCUGCAGCUUUUCGUACUAGACAGCCUUGAUCUUGGUGUUCUAAACAUGCUGCGAGACGUGACGCCGCGGAUAGGUCUGUACGAAUAUGAUUUGAUGAAGAAGAUGGUGGACAAAAUUACAGUUAAUGUUGGCGCCGGUGAAGUUUCCUACCACGGUGCAAUGGUACGGACCGAGCUGUUAGUGAGCAAUCUUAUUGGCUUCCCUUCUAAGGAAACUUUCACAGCGAAAGUAGCAAAGCCGGCGCCCAGAAGGGCAAAUGCCACAUGCGCGCCGAUGUUGCGAAGUAGUUAUACCAAAACCGGGCCGCAGGAGUUUUCAAAUUACAUACGAACACGGUACCCAAGCAUUUCAGCAGAGAAGCUUGGUAUACUUCUGCGGGAGCAGAACGCCCGUGGCCUAGCAAGCAUAUCAGAAAUGCGUCAAGUGUUCCAGUCCAAUAUGUUUACUUUCACAGACAAGCUUAUGGCAUGCUUAGUAGAUAGUUGCACUUGUUGCAAGGCACAUGGGAACAAAAAGUGCAUCUUGGAAAAGGACGGCACAAACACUUGUGAUGCACCGCCUCAUGUACCAACUCACCAAACUCAAUUCAGCACCCCAUUAGUCAGCAAGAUAGGUCCUCGACUACCAGCACCAGGCAACCCUGCAGGUUGCCUAUCUGCCAAUAGUUCCGCGGCUAGGAAAAGGGAUGGAAGUUUAUCAUCAAGCGUACAGUCGGGCACAGCAAAGAAAACAUGUUCACGUGAGGCGCAGAAUGUCCUCGCCGCAACACCAACAUAUGGGCAAGAACCACUCAACCAAAUUGCCAUAUCCCAGGAUGCAAGCCUCAAUGAAAUUGCAAGCAAGAUCGUUGCAUUUUACGACGACCUUACAGCCAUCUUGGUUACUUACUAUGCUGAGAUGCGGCCAGCCCCCGGGUUCAUAUUGUUUGGAUCAACCACCGAUGGAGCACAUGUGAAGAUCGAUCUACCUCAAUGCAAUUUUGGAAGAGAUCCGUGGGUAGCUGGAUCAGUCCCAGUACCACCAAAUCCAACUGUACUCAGGGCCAUAAGAGACUGGAUGACUGCAGCCUCGAUGCUAAACCUUGAGAGGAAAUGGAUCAUGCAUCCUAAGCCAAAACUCAUAGCAUUAGAGGGGGUUGAAAUCCAACGUCAACUUGCAUCUAACGAUGCAAUGACCCAUGAGAUGGCUAAAGCUAUUUUCCGCGGGCUUGGCCAGAUUGACUCGUUUUUCUCAAAGGACACUCCUGGACUGAUAUGGAGGAAAUUCCUCGAGCCUGACUUUGCUACAACUGUUUUGGCGAAUGCCGACCCAUUGACUGUACACUCAAUUAGGGCUAGCUUCCAAAAAGGAACAGCAUCCUGCAAUCCAGCUUCGUGCCGAAUGUGGUACUUCCCGACGAUACUACCUGAUUGUUGGACUGUAUAUGCAUUUGAUAUGCUGCGGAAAAGAAUCAUCGUAUUCGACCCAGCAGUUGGGCCAUUUGGGUAUAGCAAUCGGCGAGUCAGCAUGCAUGAAUUUGUUAGCAACAAACUGCAUGCCGCGUUGUUCACAUGCCUCCAGAAUUUUUUCAGCUCUUGGCAUUGUGAAUCAAGCCACUGGGGGCGCAUUUUUCGGAUCAUAAUGAGGGAAAACAUUGAGAAAGAGCAGACCGGGCUGUGCGCCACCUUUUUUGCAUGGAAUUAUGACGGCGACAAACUGUAGACACGACUGAACAAAGACACGCUCGCAUCACAUAGCAGCUUGAUGAUCUACGAACUAAUGAGGAUGCAAGGCAACCAAACUCCAGUGGCAAACGACGCCCUUGAAGCUGUCAAAGGAUCGUUCAUUGCUCUUUAGAAAAACUUACCUUUCUUUGAACGUCCCUAACUAUUGGAAAAACCUCUCUAUCUGGUUUGUAACAAUCAGUUAGGAAAGACCUGGACCAAAACUAUGUCUGAUUAUCGACUCCCUCUUAUUGUAUUAGAUGCGAAUC